UUAAUCACUCGACUUUGGAAUUCGAUUAGUAAAUAAYAUUGCACAUUGCUCUUCUGUAGUUAUAAUAUACUUGACCACUUUUGUCAGUGUGUCACAAUGCCAAAACAAUAAUAAUAAUAAUCGUAACUAGUUGAUCGUCAUUGAAAUUUGCAUCUCAUACUCGUAGUCACUAGUCGUUGCUUCUUUGCUUGUCCGGUGUCCCCUAGUUGUGUUUGAACAUCGAACGAGUCAAUUCUCAAAUAUCGUAAUUUGAUUUGGUCGAUUACAUAAUUUACACAAGAUGGCUUUGGCAAAAGGUGUUUUUAUUGUGGCGGCUAAAAGAACACCUUUUGGUACGUACGGCGGUAAGUUUGUGAAAACUUCAUCUACCGAACUGCAAAUARUAGCUGCAAAAGCUGCACUCGCAGCUGGUAAUGUGGAUCCAAAAAUUGUCGAUUCAGUUGUAAUUGGAAAUGUUUUAAUGAACUCGUCUUCGGAUGGUGCAUUUUUACCMAGACAUGUAUUACUCCAUUGUGGAAUCCCACAAGAUCGCCACGCAUUGGGUAUUAACAGAUUAUGUGGAUCUGGAUUCCAGUCCAUUGUUAAUGGAGCACAGAGUAUCAUGUGUGGUGAGUCUAAUGUUGUAUUGACUGGAGGAGUAGACAGCAUGAGUCAGUCCCCACAUGUUGUUCGUAAUGCCCGUUUUGGUAUACCUCUUGGAGCAUCUUAUGUCUUUGAAGACAGUCUAUGGACUGGAUUAACUGAUACAUAUUGUCAAUUACCAAUGGCCCUGACAGCAGAAAAAUUAGCUGAAGUGUACAACAUCACCAGACAAGGAGUAGACGAAUUUGCUUUGCGUUCACAAACUCUUUGGAAAAAAGCACAAGAUAACAAUGUAUUCAGUGCUGAAUUAGCUCCAGUGACCAUCAAAGUAAAAAAAGCAGAUGUAGUUGUUGAUGUUGAUGAACAUCCAAAGCCAAAGUCUACUCUUGAAACAUUAGGAAAAUUGCCCACAGUUUUUAAAAAGAACGGAGUUGUAACUGCUGGUUCAGCAUCUGGUAUAUGUGAUGGUGCCGGAGCUGUUAUAUUAGCUAGUGAAGAAGCAUUGAAAAAACAUUCACUGACUCCACUAGCAAGAUUAGUUGGUUACUCAGUAGUAGGUGUUGAUCCAAGCAUUAUGGGUAUUGGUCCAGCUCCAUCAAUUUCAAAAUUAUUGAACCUUACUGGAAAAACCCUUAAUGAUAUUGAUUUAGUUGAGAUAAAUGAGGCAUUUGGAGCUCAAACUCUUGCUUGCCAAAAAGAAUUGAAACUUGACAUUGAAAAACUUAAUGUCAAUGGUGGUGCUAUUGCAAUUGGACAUCCGUUGGCAGCAUCAGGAGCCAGAAUUACUAGUCAUCUUGUCCAUGAAUUAAUUCGUAAAAAUCUUAAGUAUGGAAUCGGUUCUGCCUGUAUUGGAGGAGGUCAAGGUAUCGCUCUCUUGGUUGAGAAAGUAUAAUAAAUGCAUUAUAAUUUUAAGUAAGACUGGUUUUGGGAUUGUUUUAUAGGAAAUUUUUUCUUUGAUGAAAAAAAAAAAAAUCAUUUAUUAUAUUAUUAUAUUCAACUGUUAUUUAUUUAUUUUUAUAAAUUAUAAUA